GGAGUGUCACUUCCUCAGUUCGGAGUCCCAGGGACUUUCACAGGCUCCGGCGGUGUCCUCGGGAGCUCUCCUUCCUCUGUUCCUUCCGAGAGAUCAUUGGAGCAGAACUGCUGGGUGACAGCAGGCAUCACAUCGUCAGAUGUCAUCAAGUUUGCAUUCAGACUGGAAAAGUUUAGCUUGAAGUUGCCUGCCUUGGAGCAGAAGUACAUCUAACUCACGAGAUAAAAGACAUGGGCUGCAACCUACCUUUCCACCUUUCCUACAAAGUCCGAUUGCUAUUGCUUUUUACCCUGUGCCUGACAGUGGUGGGGUGGGCCACCAGUAACUACUUUGUGGGUGCUAUUCAAGAGAUUCCCAGAGCAAAAGCUUUCAUUGCUAAUUUCAAUAAGGCCAUAACUUUGGGAAAGGAAGACACUCUGACCAAUGGAGCAUCUGUGAAAAAAGCGGAACUGGAAAACUGCCCUCCCGUGUCUCCGAACCUCAGAGGCCAGAGCAAGCUCAUUUUCAAACCAGACCUCACUUUGGAGGAAGUACAGGCAAAUAAUCCCAAGGUGACCCGAGGCCGGUACCACCCUGAGGAAUGUAAGGCUUCACAGCGGGUUGCCAUCCUCAUUCCCCACCGGAACAGGGAGAAACACCUCAUGUACUUGCUGGAACAUCUUCACCCCUUCCUGCAGAGGCAGCAGCUCGACUAUGGCAUCUAUAUCAUCCACCAGGCUGGAAGUAAAAAGUUUAACCGAGCCAGACUCUUGAAUGUGGGCUACAUAGAAGCUCUCAAGGAUGAGGUUUGGGACUGCUUCAUAUUCCACGAUGUGGACCUGGUGCCUGAGAACGACUUUAACCUUUACACAUGUGAGGACCAGCCCAAGCACCUGGUUGUUGGCAGGAACAGCACUGGAUACAGGUUACGUUACAGUGGAUAUUUUGGGGGUGUUACUGCCCUCAGCAGAGAGCAAUUUUUCAAGGUGAAUGGAUUCUCUAACAACUACUGGGGAUGGGGAGGCGAAGACGAUGACCUCAGACUCAGGGUUGAGCUUCAUAAAAUGAAAAUAUCCCGACCCAAGCCUGAAGUGGGUAAAUAUACCAUGAUCUUCCAUACUAGAGACCAAGGCAAUGAGGUGAAUGUGGGACGAAUGAAGCUGUUACACCAGGUGUCACGAGUCUGGAAAACAGAUGGCUUAUCAAGCUGUUCUUACAAAUUACUGUCUGUGGAAUACAAUCCCUUAUAUAUCAACAUCACAGUGGAUUUCUGGGCUGGUGUAUGACCCUGGAUGUUUGGAAGAAUCGGUUAUUUUUGCAAUAAUUUUGGUCUAGAGACUUUUCCUAGUAGCAUACAGUAAGAACUUGUUGCAGCCAAUUAAUUGGGCUGAAUUUUUCCCUUUUGUAUGUUCUCAGCAGAGCUCCUAGUGAUAUGGAAUAUAGAACUGUUGUAACAAGACAGCUUUCUUAGUUGUUUUGAUUACAAGGGUUAAAUGUUGUAAUACAGAUACUUGAAGGACUAACUAUAAAAGAGACAGUACAAAGGAUGUAAUGAGAGCUACUUGAGAACUCUGGUUGACAACUUAGGAGAUAAAAGGCCAUGGAAAUAAGAUUGCCUAUGUCUCAGCAAACAAAUUGUUCUCAUCCAAAAUAGAAAGGUACGAAGAUGUGUUUCUGUUAUUCAUUUAUCUUGCGUGGUCAUCUGUGAAGAGAUGGGUCCUGGGUGAGAAGAAGGCCACAGAAGAGGGGAGAAAAGAAUCAGAUGCAGAGAACUUGGGAAUGAAGAGGUGGCCAGAAGACAGAAUGUCAGAGAACUGGCAAUGCCAGCUGCUGCCACUGCUUCUCUGCAGUGGACACCACCUGCCCAGAUACACCUCCAAGUAAUAAUAGCCCACUAGAGGACACAUUAUCUACUAGUUUUUAAGGCACUUUUGUAAAAUGAUUUUGUACAUGACAGAUAUGAA